UUCUGUGUAUGUAACAAUGAAGAAUUAUGACCCGGUGAGGGAGAAUUUCUCUGAAUUCUACGAGAAAUGGGUGUGGAACCUGGAGGAGAUUUUCCACCAGCUUCUUGAGGUGUCAAGGAAGAGAAAUGAGAUGAGUGAAGCAGAGAUGCAAGCUUUGGUGAACAGAGUAACUUCCCAUGUGAAAGAAUACUACACUGUGAAAUGGGGUUUAGCUCAUCAAGAUGUUCUGGUUUUCUUCUCACCAACGUGGCUGAGUCCUCUGGAGAAUGCGUACAGCUGGAUCACUGGUUGGAAGCCCUCUGCAAUUUUCAGGCUUCUGUUGAAGAAGGGUCAUGAUCAGAAAAUCAUGUUUGAGAUGACAGAGGAGCAGCAGAGGAAGGUGGAGGGGCUGAGAGUGAGGAUUAAGAUGGAGGAGGAGAAGGUGGAGAGGGAGAUGGAGCGGCACCAGGUGGCGUUGGCUGAUCCCAAGAUGUUGGAAUUAGCAAAGCUUUGUAGCAGAGCGAGGAAUGGUGGUGGUGGUGGUGGUGAUGAUGCAGUUGCGAGGGUUGAUGGGUAUGUGGAGGUGGCGUUGAAGGGUGUGGUUGCAGGGUUGGAGAAGGUGAUGAAGGCUUCUGAUUGUGUGAGGCUGAAGGCACUGAAAGGGGUGUUGGAUUUGCUUGGUCCAGUGCAGUGUGUGGAGUUUUUGGCUGCUUUCAUAGCUAUGCAGCUGAGGCUGAGGCAAUGUGGGAAGAAGAGACCAGAGAUGGAUGCAGGGUCCAUCAAGUGAUGAACAAUGUAGAAAAAAAUUAAGAAUUUUCAGCUUUAGUUAUUAGGAUGUUUUGUACUUCAAUCGAUCAUUUUGAUUAGCACCAAGAAAGAUUCAUAGUUGCU